AUGCCGAAGAAGAUGUUCACAGUGCUGGAGAACAACCCAGAAGUCAUGAAUCAGCUGGCACAGGAGCUCGGGCUGGACACAGCCGCCUAUGCCUUCCACGACAUCUACUCUCUGACGGAUCCGGAUAUGCUGGCCUUUAUUCCCCGACCCGUCUUGGCGCUGCUCGUCAUCAUACCCCUCACGCCCACAUGGCACGAGGCGCGCACCGCAGAAGACCAAGGCAAGCCCGAGUAUACAGGCAAAGGCGAAGAGGAGCCCGUCAUAUGGUUCAAGCAGACCAUUGGCAACGCCUGUGGUAGCAUAGGCCUAGUUCACUGUCUACUCAACACAGAAGCAUCAAAACACAUCAGGCCGGCUUCGACCCUUGACCAGAUCCGUCAACAGGCGCAGCCAAAGCCAAUCUGGGAGCGAGCCAAAGUCCUCGAAGACUCGGAUGCAUUCGAAAAGGCGCAUGCAAAUGCAGCGAAGCUCGGUGACACCGCCGCGCCCACGACGGUAGGAGAGGACCACACCGGGCAGCAUUUUGUGGCAUUUGUCAAGGCAAGAGACGGUCAUUUAUGGGAACUCGAGGGGUCUCGCACGGGUCCGCUCGACCGGGGGGCGCUGGGCGCGGACGAGGAUGUGCUUAGCCCUGCGGCAUUGGAAAAGGGCAUCGGCAGGCUGAUGAGGAUUGAGAGUGAGAAGGGCGGUGAUCUGAGGUUCUCAGCAAUCGCCCUCGCCCCAAGUUUGAGUUGA